GUUCAUCUUCCGUGAAUUAAAAUAAAAAAUCGAGCUCCCAACUGUUUCCCUUUCAAAUAUUAAGAAUUAAGUCGAUAGUGUUGAAUUAUUUCACAGAGGUAUAAAUGAUUACUUGGAAACAAUUGAAGGAGGCCAUAUAUGUAAUACAUGUAUGGAGGAGGCACCCACUUAUUGUUAGCUAACUUCGGGAUGGUCAGUCAGUCGCGAAUCAUCAUACGGUAUUGUUCUAUAGAAUCAUAGUGCAUUCAAGAAGAGGCUAAGAAUGACAGCAGCCGUUAGCAUCAGCGGUUUUAUCGUAACAUCCGCAAUACUCUGCGGAAUAAUUAGUAUUGUAAUUUACCACCUGAGAAGACUGCGUCUGUACAAACAGGUCUCAAAAUUCAGCGGACCUCCGUUACUGCCGUUUUUCGGUAAUGCCCUUGGAUUCGUCGGAAAUACCGAAGACAUCCUGAUGAAGAUUAUGGAGCUUUUGAACUCGUAUCCUUCCCCGUUUCGCGUCUGGCUUGGCCACCGAUUGUUCUUCGGCGUUAGUAAUCCCGAGCAAAUGAAGACGAUUUUUCUCAGCCAAAAAACUAUCGAAAAAGAAGACCUGUACAAGUUUAUCCGGCCAUGGUUAGGGACAGGAUUGUUUACGGCCCCCGCAUCGAAAUGGCGGGUCCACCGAAAGCUCAUAAUGCCAACCUUCAACUCCCGAAUCUUGGAAUCAUUCGUGGAAGUCUUUGCGAUCCAGUCGAAAAUAUUGAAUCAGCAAAUGGAGGUUGAACUGGACGGGGCAGAAUUCGACGUAUUUCAUUACGUGUCACUCUGUACGUUGGACAUUAUUUGCGAAACUGCCAUGGGGGUGUCUGUGAGAGCACAAACCGAGUCCAGUUGUCGCUAUGUUGAAGCUACAAAAAGUAUCUCGAGUGGCAUAUUCAGAAGAAUGUUCCAAAUCUGGCUGCACCCAGAUUUCAUCUUUGAGCGGACACAACUUGGCAAAACUCAGAAAGAGUGCGUCAAUUACUUGCACAGUCUUACCGAAGAGGUGAUACAGAAAAAGAAGAAAGCAUAUUUCCAAGCCAAUGGCAAGCCGGAAAAAGAGUCUCGCAACGGGGAAUUUCGUAGAAAAGCUUUCUUAGAUCUUCUCAUGGAGUUGACUCAUGAUGGAGAAAAAUUUACGGAUGACGAACUACGUGAAGAAGUUGAUACGAUGAUGCUUGCUGGAAAUGAUACGACAGCGAUAGUAAAUUCGUUCGUAAUGUUGAUGCUGGCUUCUUAUCCAAACGUACAGAACAAAGUUUACGAAGAACUCUAUGAGAUUUUCGGAAAUGAUGACAACGACGAACGAACCGUGACACACGAAGACUUACCACGUAUGGAAUACAUGGAACGUGUUAUCAAAGAAACUAUGCGGCUAUUCCCCAUCGGGCCAAUUCUUGUUCGCGCAGUUACGGAAGAUUUGGACAUAGGUGAGCACACGUUACCAGCAGGGAGUUCAGUUGUUCUUGGAAUCUUGAAAGCUCACAGAAACGAAGAGUUUUGGCCUGAGCCACUGAAAUUUGAUCCUGACAGGUUCCUACCCGAAGAAGUUGCGAAACGACAUCCUUACUGUUACGUGCCAUUCAGUGCCGGGCCGCGAAAUUGUCUAGGUAUAAAGUAUGCCAUGAUGGCGAUGAAGACACUCCUUUCGACGGUUCUACGAAGAUACAUCAUCAAAAAAGAUGAUGUACAAUCGAUACAGGAUAUCAAACUGAAGGCAGACCUCAUGUUGAAGCCGGUCAAACCGAUCACGAUAAGAAUUGAGAAACGAACGACAAAAAUUAAUUACAUUUGAGACCGAACAAAGGAUAAUUUUGGGUUCGGUUCAGUUGUUAGCUAUACUUUAAUUUACAUACGACAUAAAAAUAAGUUUAAGCACGUAUGGAUAAUGUAUUAGUUUAUAGUAAAAUUGAUUUAUCGAGUUAGCUUUGAUUCUGCAGAAUCUAGUCCUACAAGAAAUAUCCUACAGGUACUUUUCUGCCAAAAACAUCAUUCUAUAGAACCCACGUCUACGGGAUGGAAUGGAUAGCAGGACCGGUUCUACGGAACCCUAUUCUACAAAAACGAAUUUUAUUGGAAGAUGACAGUUUCUACAGAAAUCGCUUCUACGUAGUUCGUUUCUAGAAAAAUAAGCCAACCAAUAGAGUAGAAAGUGAUUCUGUGACAAAAAUACUAAGAGAAUUCCGACUGUGCCGUAACGCGGAAGACAGUCCGUAGUUCUAUUAUGUAAUGUUUCAUACUCGCAGCUAUGGCCUUUUUUUUAUCAACAAUUAUACACAAGAAAGUGAACUUUUGAGUUUUUUGCUUAUAAAAGUGAAACUAAUGAAGCAAUGUUAAUACUGUCAAGGGACGAGUUGUAAAGAAUCAAAAUGCGAACAAAAUGGGUUUUCGAACCACGCGAUUGGAUAAUUAGUACCGGAGAAAAGACUAAAAAGCAUAGAAAAUUUUUUUUUUCUUCAGUGUAUAACUCCGUCAUUUUUAAGUUGUAGCGCAGGCCCUUCGGAUAAUAGUAGUGAUUAAUAUGUUCUUUAUUUGCGCAUAAGACAGGUGUUGUCAGAUGACCAGUUUUUGCACAAUUGCGAUUUGAAUUUUUUAAUGCACUGUUUUGCAGUGUGUCUGGAUGCAUCACGAAUGGUUCAAUUAAAAUUUUUCAUGGCGAAAUUUGGCGAAAACGUAUACUUUUAUUUUGUGCCAAAAUGCUGGAGAAUAAGCAAAAAAUGAUCCCAAAAAUGACUAAAUACGGCCAUCCGCGAGAAAGCAAUCAAGUAGUGGAUAAAGGGUAUUUAUAAUAGUAAUA